AUGUCUCGUAGCACUGUUACAGACCAGGACCGCUACAGCACACUGGGAAAAUCGCGGCGCUCUGCAGCAUAUGGCCGGUAUACCUCCAGACCAAGCAGCCAGAACAGUAACAGGGAUGUGCUGUGUGAUUUCUGCAUGACCAAGAAGAUGAGGGCAGUGAAGUCCUGUCUCACCUGCCUUACCUCAUUCUGUGAGACUCACCUACAGUCGCAUUAUGAAUACCCAGCGCUCAUGAAGCACAAACUGGUGACGGCGACUGGACAAUUGCGAGAGAAGAUCUGUGCCGAGCAUGACAAGCUACUGGAGGUUUUUUGCCGCACUGACCAGUCAUGUGUCUGUGUUUUGUGUAUUAUGGAAGAACACAAAAAACAUGACAUAGUUUCAGCUGCAGCAGAAAGGACAGAGAAGCAGAAACAGCUUGGAGCAAAACUGACGGCAUCACAACAGAGGAUUGAUGAGAGAGUGAAAAAGUGGCAGGAAAUGAGACAGGCACUGGAGUCUGUUAAGCAUUCUGCACAGGUAGUGUUGGAAGAGAACGAACGGAUCUUCAAAGAGUUGCUGAACGCCGUAGAACGUCGCUAUGCGGAGGUAAGGGGGCUGGUCCGAGCUCAGGAGGCGGCGUUGGUGACACGGGCCGAGACCCAUCUAGACCGUCUGGAGGAAGAGAUCACCCUCCUCAGAAAGAAACACAGUGACUUGGAGCAGCUGUCCCACUCUGACGACCACAUCCACUUCCUGCAGAGUUGGCAGUCUUUGUCUAGUCCCUCAGGAUAUGAAGAUCUAGCCAAAGUCUCUGUGGCUCCAAACCACUCAUUUGAUCUGGCAAAGAAAGCCAUCGCUGAAUUCAAAGUACAGUUAGAGGAAGUGAGCAAGGGAGAAAUACAAAAAAUAUCAACAGCCAUAAAGGAAGUUCACAUUCUGCAGAACGUGGAGCCGAAGACAAGGGAGGACUUCUUAGAAUAUUUCUGUCAGCUCUCGUUGGACCCCACCACAGCCCACCCCAGCCUGCACAUAUCUGAGGGUGACACCGUGGCACGUAUGAGGAAUGACCCCAAGCCGUACCCCAAUCACCCUAACCGAUUCGACCACUGGCAGCAGGUACUCUGCAGAGAGGGCCUGUCUGGUAGUCGCUGUUACUGGGAGGUGGACUGGACAGGUACAGAGGUAGACAUUGCGGUGACCUACAAGGAUAUUAGCAGGAAGGGAAACAGCAACACCUGCAGCUUUGGUUGGAAUGAUAAAUCCUGGAGUUUGUACUGUUCUGAGUCCAAAUACUCGUUCUCCCAUAAUAGCAAGAGCACCACUCUCGCACUGCCCAAGUCGUCUCGGAUAGGAGUGUAUUUAGAUCAUCGGGCAGGGACACUGGCAUUUUACAGUGUGUCUGACACCAUGACUCUCUUACAUAGAAUUCAGACCACAUUCACUGAAGCACUGUACCCUGGCUUUGGAAUCUGGGGAUACGGAACCACUGUUCACCUGUAA